AUGUCAGGUCUCGACGUAGAGGCACUCCUCGAGUCGACUGCCGCCCCCGCCUCCAACGAGGGAGCAGAGAAACGCUCCGAAGAUCGUGAUGACCGCUCCCGAGGCGAUGCCAGUGACCGCCGGGACCGCGACCGGGACCGCGACCGCGAUCGCGACCGUUCUCGGGACAGGGAUCGCGAUCGCUCCCGGGACAGAGAUCGCAGGCGCCGAGACCGCAGCCGCGAUAGACGACGCGACCGAGACUACGACAGAGAUGAAGACAUGAGGAGUCCGAGAAGCGAGCAUGGCAGUGCUAACGGAAGCCAUAGAAGCAGAAGGAGAAGCCGGAGCCGUGACAGUGACCGGCACCGCUCUCGCCGCGACCGAUACGGUGGUGAUUACUACCGCGGCGGAGGACGUGCUCGCACGAGAUCCCGAUCCCCGUAUGACGACAGAUACUAUCGGCCCUCUGGCCGUUCCCGACGGGAUUCCCGCGACGAUGACAGAUACUACAGCCGUCGAGACCGCGAUAGCCGGAGGCGCAGUCCCAGUCCAAGACGCCGCAGCAGGACGCCGGACUCCGACCUCAACGAGGAUGAACGUGAUAAGCGUACUAUCUUUGUCCAGCAGCUUGCAGCCCGUCUGAGAACGAAGGAACUCAUUGAGUUUUUUGAGAGGGUGGGCCCUGUCAAGGAAGCCCAGAUUGUCAAGGACCGUGUUAGUGGGAGGUCGAAAGGCGUUGGCUAUGUCGAAUUCAAGAACGAAGAAUCAGUUCCCCUUGCUAUCCAGCUCACCGGCCAGAAGCUUCUAGGAAUCCCUAUCAUUGCACAAUUGACCGAAGCGGAGAAGAAUCGCCAAGCUAGAAACUCGGAUGCCGGUGGACAUCACCCCUCUGCGCCGUUUCACAGGUUGUAUGUUGGUAAUAUUCAUUUCAGUAUCACUGAAAAUGAUCUCCAGAAUGUUUUCGAACCGUUUGGUGAACUCGAAUUUGUCCAACUGCAAAAGGACGAGAAUGGACGGAGCCGGGGUUACGGAUUUGUUCAGUUCCGUGAUCCUAAUAAUGCCAGGGAAGCUCUGGAAAAGAUGAAUGGUUUCGACCUGGCUGGUCGACCGAUCCGGGUUGGCCUUGGCAAUGAUAAGUUUACCCCUGACUCAGCGAACCUUAUGAACCGUUAUCAGGGCCAGGGCGGCAACCGUGGAAUGCAUGGUGGUGGCUCGGUCAGCAAUUUCGACCGGGCUGGCGGAAGAGAUGACAAAGGGGCGAGCAGUGCCAGCGCCUUGGAUGAUACGGACGUUGCUGGUGUGAACUUCAACAACUAUAGCAGAGAUGCAUUGAUGAGGAAACUCGCGAGAACAGAUGAACCCGAACCCACUGUUGACGAAAAGCGUCAGAUGCUGAAGCCCAAGACCGAGACCAAACCAUUGCCGGUCAACGUUAACAUGGCGAGUCGAUGCGUUGUGCUGAGGAACAUGUUUGAUCCUGCUGAGGAGGAGGGUGAGAACUGGGUCAAGGAGUUGGAGGAGGACGUCCGCGCUGAGUGCGAAGAAAAAUAUGGCCACGUUGUUCACAUUGCUGUAGAUCCACACUCCCAAGGCGACAUCUACCUCAAGUUCGACCGUGUCCAAGGCGGUGAGAACGCCAUCAAAGGCCUCAACGGGCGUUUCUUUGGUGGCCGGCAGAUCAGUGCCCAGCCAGUUGUUGACGCCGUGUACAGCAGUCUCUUCUCGCGAACCAAAGCGAUCUAA